AUGGCUGCCGCCGCAUUUGGCGCAACCGCCUGCGAAAGCUUCGAUUACCAGAAAUCUGGUUACCACGAAAGAGGCGAUCUCGCGACACCGAAUUUCGUCAUUCCUCGUCACGUGCCGACUCUCGCGCCGGCUCCUUCGCUCGAAAAGCAGAUCCACCGCCGCAAAAUGCGCUCGACUGCUGCUACUACCUCCGCCUCCCCCGCCGCCUCCGCCGCCAACGCCGCCGCCGCCGCCGCUGCCGCUGCCGCCGCUUCAGGCGCAUCCACCGCCGACGGAGCCGCGGCGGAGAGAAACAUGAAGAAUGCGAUCGGGCGCACUCACAACGGCGCGGCCGCUUUUGAUACGAGGGGAGACGCGGCGAACCGGGCGCACCUUUCUGAGAUGAUUCGCGAAUACAAUACGCGCAAAAGCGGCGCGCCAGCUUUUGAGACGUCUCAAAAGUCGAACCGGGCGCAUUACAGCCUUUCUGAGAUGAUUCGCGAACACAAUACGCGCCUAUACGGCGUGCCGGUCUUUGAGGCGCCUCAAAAGAUGAGGCGCGAAUAUCAUACGCGCCAAAGCGGCGGCGCCGCGCCGGCCUUGACGAUAAACGGACGGAGACGGCCGUCUCUGUCCGUCAACCCGCAUGCUGCGCCGCCAGCCGCCUCCGUCAGUUCGAGCCGUCCGGGCAGCCGGCUGACGCGGCGCGGGUCCGCGGACGUAGCGCUGCUGUGCGGCUCGAAAGGCGGAAGCGUCGAGUAUGGCGGCGAUGGUUAUGGCGGAAGAUAUCUACCUACCAGUACUCGAACAACGAGAAGCUUUUCACCUUGGGAUUCCGAACUCGACGAGACAGCAAGCUCAAAGUGUGAAAAAACUCCCGAGGAUUGCGCCGCGAUCUGCUUGAACAUGGAAGACGUGGAAGGAAUGGCAGCACACAAGGACCUGAGCAGGAUACUCAUCAGCAGCAUCGACAUUGUUUCGCAGGAGGAGCGCAAGUCGCCGUUCCCCUCUUUCUCCUCACUCUCCUCCGCCUCAGUUUCAUCCCUCUCACUCUCCUCCCCCUCACUCUCCUUCCCUUCACUCUCCUCAUUCUCAGCCCGCGUCACCACAUAA